AUGCCAGCGGGUCAAAGCCGCAAUGUGGAGGAGUUGAAAGGCCUGGUGGUCAGGACGUUGGAAACCAACGGCGUCCUUGGGCAAAUCCGAGCAGAGCUUCGAGCCAACGUCUACAAGGCCAUUGAUUGCGAUGAGGACAUCGGAGCUUCAACAGCGGUCCGCGCCGCCAAGUUGACCAAGUCACCAGUGGGCCAGUUAAUGGCUGAGAUCGUGGCGGAGUUCUUUGAGUUCUACCAGUUCAGGCGCGUCACGGCCAAUGUGGGCUCGUUUGCCUGCACGAGCGGUGCGACUCAGGAGCUGGCAAAUCGAGUGGAAGACAAGCAGCGGGCUCGUGGCUUCAGCGCCUCCGUGGAUGAAGUGAUCAACCUCUUCCAGCGGCAUGGUAGCGGCGACUACAUUGGCGAAGAGGUGAGCCAGCUGGAGCAUGCGCUGCAGGCUGCCGACUUGGCAGCCAGGUCCGGCUUCGGCUCCGAGGCCACGAUCGCGGCGCUGCUGCACGACGUGGGUCACAUGCUAGGCCUGGAUGACAAGUCCCAUGCUCGCAUGGAGGACUGCGGCAUUGUGGAUCACGAGAACCUGGGAGGGCAGUGGCUCUCCCGCCUGGGAUUCUCGUCGACUGUCUGCGACCUGGUGGCGCGCCACGUGGACGCCAAGCGCUAUCUUUGCGCCAUCAACCAGGAGUACCAUGACAACCUGAGCGCUGCCUCGAAGACAACUCUGCGGCAUCAGGGCGGGCCGAUGACACAAGAGGAGGCGAAGAGCUUCGAGCAGCAGGGCCUCUUCAAGGUGAUCAUCGCCAUGCGGCGGUGGGAUGAAGCGGCCAAGGUGAAGGGCAAGGAGGUGCCGGGAUUGGAGGCCUAUCGAAAGCUUCUGGAGAAGAACCUUGAGGUUGAGCACAGCCUUUCGGUUUUCCUCCCGGAAGCGAACCUUGGAAAGGAGCGCCGCAGCCGCAGAGAGGUGGCAGUGGACGCCGGCCUGAUGAAAGUGAACUCCGACACCUCCAUCCUGGAGCAACUCAUCAGCCUCGCAUCCAGCACUUUGUCUCACAAAGGUGGGGAGGGCUGGCACUCCAGCGCCAGCUCCACCACAGCGUCCUCACCGCCACCGCAGCUGGCGGCCUCCAUGGCUUCUACCCGCCAUGCGUGGGAGACGUCGACGGGCAAUGACACGCCGCCAGCAGGACAGACGCGGAAUCCAGGUGAGCGCACCAGGGAUUUCGGCACAGCAGCGGUGGUGGACGCACUGAGCUCCGUCGUGGGUGAUGCUCACAAAGGAGCGCGACCAUCGGAAGAGAGAAAGGAAGCGAGGAAAGAAGAGAGGAAGCAUGAGAGGAAGGACGAGCCCACGGAUGAGAGGAAGGAAGAUAGGAAGGAAGACAGGAAGGAGGAAAGAAAGGAGGAGAGAAAGGAGGAGAGGAAGGAGGAAAGGAAGGAGAGGAAGGAAGAGCGGAAAGACGAGAGGAAGGAUGAGAGGAAGGAGGACAGGAAGGAGGAGGCGAAGGCUGAGGAAGAGGAAGAGGGCCGACGGAAGCCCCGGGGCAAGCUGCCCGCGCUGUCCUCGCCGGGGCGGCCGCAGGAGCUCCUUCCGCCCUUGCGCGGUGUUGGGCUGGGAAGCAGUCUGGGCUCGCAUAGCAGUGCUGUGUCUGGAGUGCACACCCCAGAGGAGGUAUCGCUCGGUGAGUCGGGUGGUGCCACAAGUGAGCCACUUGAUGAGGUUGACCGCCAACUUGCUCGACUCAAUCGUCCUUCCGGUGGAAUGGUUGGCUUAAGCAAGCCAGCGCGAGACCAGGGCCAGGCCACAGCUGUAGACUCGGCAUCGGAGGCCUCUGAAGGCUCUGGGGACAUCGACCUCUCCGGCCGGAACGCAGGCAGCAGCCCAGGUAGCUCCUUGGCCGCCGGCCCCGCGAGGGCGCCGCAGGAGGACGAUGGAUCAGAGGUAGAGGAGUCCAUCGAAGAGCAGUUCAGCGAACUGGAAGCCUUCGAAGAGGCUGACAGCAGUGGCGACAGGUUUUGA